AUGAUUGGAAACUAUGAUCUCUUCGAAUCCAAAUGCAAUGAAGAUUUUGUGGUUGCCAGUAUCAUGAACGUUGUGAAAGUCGUCAGUGAAAAAUCACCCGAAUCCCUUUUUGUCAUUCACGGAAUCAUGCCUCGUUUGGACAAUCCAAAAGUCAAGGGAACGUACUUGGGCAAGAUUUGGAAGCAGGCAAAAGGUGUCAACAACAAGCUCAGACGAUUCUGCAGGAAGUACCACAACUUCUAUUACAUACAGGGAGGAGAGCUAAUGUUGGUACCAUCCAAGAUUACGGGAAGAGCCCAAAUUGACCCAAAGAUGAUUGACGAUGGUGUAAAUCCGACACUGGAAGGAUUCGAAAAGUGGGCAGAUUUUGUGGUGGAGCGACUCCAAAAGGUAUUGGAAGACUUCGAAAAGUUCAAGGCAAAGCUGGAAAAGAAGAAGGGGUAA